AUGGACCAUUCGCCGAAGGGUAUAAUUCAAGCAGUGAGUAAUUCUAAAAACAAGUCCAAAGCGGUAGCGGAUGUCGAUCCGUCGCUUAAGAAGCCAGUUCUCGAAGACAACUCUACAGUAGACGAGACUAGUCUAGAGUCUCAGGUGCAAACCUCCUCAUCAUUUCUACCUGAUGAUGGAAGUCUGAUGAGCAGGGACGUAGACCGCUGGAUCCAAGGUUGGGGGAGUAGUUCUCCCGUCAGCACAGGAGUCCAAAGGAGCAGGUUGACGGUAGUUCAACGGUCGACGUAUACAAACGAAAACGUCAACGGCUCUAGGUUUUACUACGCGCUGACAAUUCUCAUCCCCCUAAUUAGAACACGCCAACGCGCCUUCUGGAGAUGCUCGCCGAGG